AUGGACGGUGAAGCUCCCAAGGCUAUUAUCACGGACCAAGAUAGAGCCAUGAAAAAUGCAAUAAGCCUUGUCUUUCCAAAUAGUCGACACAGAUUCUGCCUAUGGCACAUUUUGAAAAAGUUGCCUGAGAAGCUAGGUUCACAUGGUGCAUUCAAAACUGGAUUGAAAACUGGGUUGUUAAAUUGUGUGUAUGACUCUCACAUAGUUGAGGAGUUUGAGGGGUCUUGGGAAGUGUUAAUUCAGAAGUACAAAUUGCAGGAUAAUGCUUGGUUGAAGAGUUUAUACGCUGAGCGUACGUAUUGGGCACCGGUAUUCAUGAAAGAUGUUUUCUGGGCGGGAAUGAGUACAACCCAACGAAGCGAGAGUAUGAAUGCUUUUUUCGACUGGUAUGUUCAUGCUAAGACAAACUUAAAAGAGUUUGUCGAUCAGUUUGAUAAUGCAUUGAGGAAGAAGAUUGAGAAUGAAAGUGCGGCGGACUUCCAGUCAUUCAAUGUUACAAUUCCCGUCGUCUCUCCCUCUCCGCUUGAGAAGACUUUUCAAGACAUAUACACUUGCAAUAAAUUUAGAGAAGUUCAGAAAGAAGUAAUAGGGAUGCUUGCAACUCUUCCAACUCUGCACCGGAAGGAUGGUGUAAUUGCAACAUACAAUGUAGAAGAUGAAGUGAAUGUUAAUGAUUUCAUCAAGGAGGUUACCCACACGGUCUACUUUAAUGAGGCUGAAUGUGAGGUGAAGUAUUCAUGUGCCUUGUUUGAGAUGAGAGGGAUAUUGUGUAGGCAUGUAUUGGGCAUUAUGAGACUUAACAAAGUUCGAUCGGUGCCAGAAAAGUACAUACUAGAUCGAUGGCGGAAAGACAUAAAGAGAACUUACACUCUUAUACGAAAUAGUUAUGAUGGGGUUGAUGAGAGACCUGAAGUUAGCAGAUAUUCACGUAUCAUAAAGAAAUGCAACGAAGUAACCACAAAUGCAUCUUCAUGUGAUGAGCACACAGAGGACAUGCUAGCUAAGUUAGAUGCAAUGAACUUAGGCUACCGCACGAACAAGCCGCCAUCAAAGGUGAAUGUUACAACUGCCGUGGAAACUACAACUGCCACUUCUAAAUAUGUACUGAGUCCCCAUGUAGUGAGAGGAAAAGGCAGAUUGCCAUCUCUCAGGAAAAAAUCCAUGAUUGAACAUUUGAAACCCACGACAAAACUCAGAAAGGAAAACCCGCAUGGAAUAAAAGGCGAAAUUGUGGGAACUAGAAGGAAUUUAUUUGGUUCCACAGAUGUUGGGACACAACAAAGUGUCACAUUUCAGCCUCCUCAGAAUGCUACCGAAGUGUUGAACUUUAGUGCCACCGAGUUAGACUUUGCGGUGAAUGAGACUCAAGAAAGUGUAAGAUGA